GUGUCAGGAGGCGGCGCACACGUCUCGCUUGGUUCAGCGUGUUUUGGUUGCUAGGAUACCAUCAUCUCCCACAAUCCACCAUUGCCAUUCAUUCGACACUUCCGGCAAGAUGGCGGCCGCCCUGGUGCGAGGAGCUGUGAGGGAACUCGGUUGGCUCCCAUCCCUGCAGUGUGUCAGACAUGGCUCCAAAGCCGUUACCCGUCACAGAAAGGCAAUGCACUUCCAGAGGCAGAAGAUGUUGGCCCUGACGGAGUAUAUUGCACCUAAACCCACUGUCUCUCUGAAAUGCUUGCCCCCUCAGCCCAAAGCCAGCGACAUGGUUAAGGAGAACCCACUGGAGCAGCUUCUGUGCAGCCAGUUGCGCACUGUUCUACAGGACUGCAAAAUGGUGGCUGUGUUUCAGCGCAAUGCGGCAGGGGAUGAAGACUUGUUACAUUUGAGGCACAGACUCUUGAAACAUGACAUUCAUAUGAAGCAUUUCCCCGUACAGGUUGUGAGAAAAACCUUAUCCGAUUCCCAUCUAAGUUCUAUGUUGCCUCUCUUUAUGGGCCAGACCUUCCUUGUAGUGAGCCAUAAAGUGAAGGUGAAGGAAAUGCUGCAGUGUGUUCGGAGCCUGCCCCAGGUCCAGCUUUUGGGCGCCUGCGUUGAGAGUAGACUUCUCAGCCGACAGGGAGCGAUCAACUACUCCCGACUGCCAAGUUUAGAGGUUCUGCAGGGGCAGGUGCUUGGAGGACUGUCACUGAUUGCUUCUCGCACCUCUUCAUUACUCACUCAGCACUCAGUCAAGCUCAGCGCUUUGUUGGAUCAGCACAUAAAGGAGAAGAGCACAGACAAGAAGGAGGAACCUUGAGAAGCCGGAAUACUUUGGUGUGAAAACACUUCACAUGCCAAUAAAAUGAACUUUACAUAAAGCA